GCUUUGCUCCUGUCAGACUGCGUAGUGGCCGGGUUGGUUGUGUUUGUGUAGUGGUGUUCGCGAUGCGUGAUUUGGCCACUAAAAUGGCUGAAUUAAAAUUUGAAGCUCCCCUUGCACAAUUUGAAGAAACAGAUGAAUGGGGUUCGACAGAAUUCCAGACGGCAAACCUCAAAAACGAGGAAAAUCUGAACAAUAUAAACAAGAAAAAGCAGGACAUCAAUGAUGUCCUGAACGAUUUCAAUGAGGAUAAUAUACUCAAUAAUUCUCUACCCCAAAAAGUGCCCGCUAAGACGUUGAUCUUGAAAAACGGGGAGACCCAAUCGGUGGCCGAUAAUUUUACCGAGACCUUUUCUGGUUCUCUGGAAGAUCUAGUGAAUACUUUCGACGAGAAAAUAACUAAAUGUUUCGGGAAUUACGAGGAGUCAGUGGAGAAGUUGGCACCUGUUCAAGUCAGGACUCAGGAGGAAAUUAUGAAUGAAUGCCAAAUGUGGUGGACGUUGACAGGAAACUUCGGUAACAUUCUUCCAAUAGACUGGUCGAAAUCGUACGCUAGGAAAUUACAAAUCAACGCACUGCAUCUAGAUCAGGAACCACAGACGCCCGAAGACGAUCUUGAUCUGAGCUCCGAAGAUGAGGCCGUAGCCAGUGACCUAGAUAUGCACGCCCUGAUUCUCGGUGGUAUCAGUCACGAUGCCGAUGAGCCUCUUAAGACCGCCGAGGAGGUCAUCAGGGAGAUUGACGAUAUGAUGCAGGACGAUCUGUGUUCAGUGGAUGGAAAUCCCGAGGCGAGAGAAGCACAACUGGAGAAUAACGAAGUUAUGGAAAAAGCUAAAGAGGUGCUGAGUUCACCCUUGUAUGAAGACAAGUUACGUGACUUGAGCCUGUCGCAACUGAACGAGCUCUUCCUGGAACUGGAGGUGCUGAUAAGAGAAUUUUCGGAAACGUUGAUCUCGGAGUUGGCUCUCAGAGAUGAAUUAGAGUACGAGAAAGAGUUGAAAAACACGUUCAUCUCGUUAUUACUUGCGGUGCAAAAUAGACGGAGACAGUACCACGUUGAAAAGAAACGAUCGGCUAAGAAUUCUUCCAAUAAAACUCCAAACGGGAUGGAUCCUAAGUAUUUGACCACCGUUAUUCCAUACCACAUAGGAAAUGGACCGCCGGAUAAUCAGAGUCUUCAAGUUCUAAUAAAAAUUCUCAAAGCUAUUAAUGAAGAUAGUCCGACGGUGCCCACUUUAUUGACAGAUUAUAUAUUAAAAGUAAUUUGCCCGACAUAAGCCACAUCUAGCCAAUAGCUACUCGUUAUUUAGUAAAAAGCUUUCGACUGCUGCAGCACACUAAUUCUACAAUAAGUACCGAAACAAAAUACAAAUAUUAUUUUAGGAUUUAACGAUAGUAUCUUUGGGAAGAAGCAGUAAAUCUGCUUUUAAUUCAUUCCUUACAAAUUUUAUAAAUCUCUAGAGGCUUUUAUCAGAUAAUUGUUGGUUAGUUGAGGUUAAAGAUAUUAUAUUUUGAGCGAAAUUUUAAUGUGUGAAGACCCGGAGCUUUUAUAUCCUAUUGUGGAAACACUCAAUACAAUAUUUGUCGCAAUGUAUAUAUCAUUUGCCGCAAUUGACCAAUAAUCCUUUCUCAAAUCGAAUUUUCAGAGCCUCUAUCAAUACUUCAAUAUACUCGAAUAGUUGCUACCCAAACUCUUCUUCUCUGUGAUACGGAAACGAUAUUGUUUUGUUUACUCUCUCAGCUGAUAUGACAAAUAUUUAUUUAUGUUGUAAAUAUUUCAACGCAGAACGUUCUAGUCUAAAGUCUUGCAAGUGAAGUAAAAAAAUGUGAAUUAAGUAAUUUUAAGAUUAAUUGUACCUUUGUCUUUAUGCACACAACAAAGUAAGUUUUUGUGCAAUAUAUCAUGUAGGAGUUUUUUUAUAAUUUUAUUGGGAAUUUGUUAACAUGCUUUGGACAGAACAGAAAAUAAUUGAUAAAUUGCUUGAAAACUCAAAAGUCGCAUUUUAGACAAGCUUUGAAAAAUCUUAGCUGCGCCAAAGAUGUAUAGCCCGUGAGGUAGUGUCAAAUUUGACCGGAGCAUUUUAGCAUGGCUGUUUUCUUUUUAUUUAGUUAGGUGUUCCAAAGCUUAUUAACAAAUGAUGUGUCAGCUGUCCCAAAAUCGGGGAUUUUAGGCAAAUCAAAUAUUUAUCUCCGUGACUUACGUGUAUAAUGGCCUAGAAUACCUAGCUACCGCCUUUCACCCAAGCGACUCGGGUUCGAUUCCUGGCGUUGGAAUUUUUUUUUGUUUUUAAAAUUGACAUUUUGAUUUGAAAAAUAAUUAUUUUUUGAUAAUACCACGUUUUUAUUAUUUAAAUACGACACAAUAUAAAAAAGUCUGUAUGUCUUUUAUAGAAUCGUAAACAAUGCAUUUGAUCAUAUUAUUAUAAUUGACUUUAAUAAGCAAAUUUGUUGUACAUAAACCCCUGAAGGUUCCUGAGUUGGUACGACCAAUCUAAGUGAAAAGGGGGGUCGUGCCAACUCAGGAAGCUUCAAGGGUUCAUGUACAACAAAUUUGCUUAUUAAGGUCAAUCAUAAUUAUUAUGAUCAAAUGCAUAGUUUACGAUUCUAUAAAAGACAUACAGACAUUUUUAUAUUGUCUCGUAUAAAUAUUAAAAACUUGGUAUUAUAAAAAUAAUUAUUUUUCACAUCAAAAUGUUAAUUUUAAAAACAAAAAAAAAAUCCAACGUGAGGCAUCGAACCCGAGUCGUCUGAAUGAAAGUCAGUAGCUAGGUAUUCUAGGCCAUUAUACACGUAAGUUACGGAGAUAAAUAUUUGACAUAUAAGUUGUAGCGUUUUUCCAUCAAGUUUCAUAUUUUACCUUUUUUUGCCUAAAAUCCCCGGUUUUGGUCCAGCUGACACAUCAUUUGUUAAUAAGCUUUGGAACACCUAACUAAAUAAAAAUGAAAACAGCCAUGCUAAAAUGCUCCGGUUAAAUUUGACACUACCUCCCGGGCUAGUGUGGUACAGCUAAAAUUAUGCUUCCAAUAGCAGCUUUAAUACAAAUCACAAUAAAUACUUGUUUUUCGUGAUUUUGUAUAAUUAUUUGACUGUAUAGUUUGUAGAAAGUUGUUUCGAUUUUUUUCUGUCAUCGAAUAGAACUUUUUUUUUACUUUUUUAGUGUUACUAUAUUCUUUUAUCUCUCUUUCAACUACAUUAGCAGUGAAAAAUUUUAUUUCUAUCUUUAAUAGAUCCGAUUUCACUCUUCAAGAUUGAAAUGACUCAAAUUACAUGGCUUCAGUUUUUUAUUUUAGGUCUGCUCCAUAUUCUUAUUUGAGUUAACUAUCGCAUAGCCUUUUGUAUGAUUAACGUAGAUGAUUAAUAAAACAUUUAUACAAUCAUUAUUUAAAAUCAAAUGGUUUUUUAAACACGUAUUGUUAAAGGUAUGUUAACAAAUUUCUUGUUUAGGUAUAGUGUUAGAUAUAUCAGGUCCCAAAAAUGAUUGUUUCUGGAUAUAAAAUAAUGUAACUUUUUCUUGUUAACUUGCUCAAUAUAUGGCAUCUGUUUUUAUACAGGGUGUCCCCGAAAAUAGUGCGUUCCUUCAAGGUAUGGAUAUAAUACACAAUGUAGAACAAAAAAGUCCUAUAACAUUUUUUUCUAAAGUUUACCGUUUCCAAAAAAAAAUUACAUUGUUCGCCAUAUAAGCGAACUUUUAUUUUCAUAAAAUUAACUAAUUUGGCAUCACUGUACAAGAACUGUUUGUGAUUUAGUUUAUUGACACCACAAAUGUAGGUCAGACAGGUACACCUGCAAAAUAAUUGUACCACCCCAUGUUUGAAAAUCCAACAAAACAAGAAUUUGUUUGUUUGUUUAGGAUGAAGACAGAGUUUAAUGUAAAUACUUAUGGUUAAAAUGCUGCAACUAUUUUUAAAUUGUGAUUGUCUAUGUUUAGAUUUUUGUAUACAUAGUUGUCAGAUUUCAAUUUGCAUACCAAAAUGUAUUUUGGUUUUUUAGCCAAACGGUUGCAUUUAGAAAAAAAUGUUGACUUAUGUUUAUGAAUGUAAGAAAGAGUCUUUUGCUCUACAUGGUGCCUUCAACCUAUACCUUUAAGGAACGCACUAUUUUCGGGGACACCCUGUAUACGACCGAUCAAUUUUUGCCUAAUUUACGACAGUGGUUCCAUAAAUACUUUUACAUAAAUACAAAAAAAAUGAAAAUUUUGGAAAAGUAGCAAUUUAUUUCCCGAUAGUCUCCUCUUAGCUCGAUACACUUGACCCAGCAAUGCUCCAAUUUCUUCAAGCCGUGUGAAACAUACGGUCUUUACGAUUUUAGCGCUCUAUGGAAAGUAGGCCUUCGUGGUGGCGACGACCUCUUCAUUCGACUUAAAUUUCUGGCCGGUGAGGUUAAAAAGAAGUCACACGUAACCAAAAUCUGGAGAAUACGGUAGAUGGAGUAGCAGUUCGUAGCCCAAUUUGGCCGUGACGACUGCAGAGGUGUCAGCAGGUGCGUUGUCAUAGUGGAAAAUCACUUUUUUCUUCGCCAAAUAACACUAUUUUUUCUGUAAUUCAAGUCGAAUCGGUUCAAGAAUUGGGCAAAGUAGAGACAUAUGACCAUUUUGCCCUUCUUCGGGCACUCAAUGGAGAUCACACCUUGUGAAUCCCAGAAAACGGUUGCUAUCAACUUUCUGACCGAUAGGACAGUUUUCGCCUUCUUCGGAGCACGUUCGGCGGAUGAAGUUCACUGUGUCGACUGUUCCUUGGUCUCCGGUUGUACCAGUGGAUCGAUGUUUCGUAGACGGUCAGGAAGCGACGCAGAAAAUCCUUCGAAUUUCGCUUAACACGUUCGGUGCCCAUGACGCACGAGUAGCGUCACGAAGGUUUUAUCAAAGGUACCGACGAUGCAUAAGUGGCGUCGGUAGUACUGUGUUACUAAAUGAACGAUUUAAGCACGUGGUACCAGCCAAUUGGCGCUUGUUCAAGAUGGUCACCGAUGGUGUUAAACAGUGCCAAACACUGCUCUGAAGUGGUCUCACGGUUGCUGUGAGACAAAAGGGCUAUUUUUGACGGUUGCAAUCGAAGGAGAAUAAUCACCAUACACAGCAUCCAAACGCUCUUUGAUUUAGCUGCGCGAUUCUCCUUCAAAAAACAAUAAUCGAAUCACACAGAUAUUGCUCUUUUUACGUUUUUAUAAAAUCCUCAGUACGUCCGCAUUCACACGCGCCUUAAACAAAACUAUGCGUUCGAAUCGGCUGAAAUUUUGACAUUAAUCGUCUACCUACCAGAAUGUAGUACACGGUAGUAAAUUUCCCUUGCUAUAGUGACGCUAUCGGGUUGUUAGGCUAGGUACUUAUUGGACCGCGCGCCGUCGUAUAUUGAAAUAUUAUCAAUGUUGAUAUUCUCGAUCAAAUGUACGAAGAAUUAUUAUGGCGGUUAGAAUCCUAGUAACAUUAAAAUUAAAAAGUACAUGGUAUAUAUUUUUCUGCGACUUUUUUUACACAUUUUUAUUCUAGAGGCUUUUCCUAACCAGGUCCAUCUAGUUACCCUCUAGGUAUAUGGUUUAGAUGUUGUAGUUAUUCGUCAGUGACCCUAUUGUUUAGUCUUAACCAUAAUAGUCCAAGAGGCAGCGCUGAAAAAUCUCUUUGAAUUUACUAAAGCUAGAUUUUUCACAGUUGAUUACUGUGAUUGUGUAGAGAAACAUACUGCGGUCGGUCAAGCGAAACGUAGAACAGGGGUUACUGAGAGGGUAUCAAAGUUGCUUUCCUACGAAGGUAAUUAAAUUCAUUUACUAAGG